AUGGUUUGUGUGAAGAACCUUCUUGCCAGUGCGUGGCUCUUGCCAACAGCCUUUGGGGCUGUCUCAACAUCCGCCACGGGCUCUCGUGUUUCUUCGACUUCUUCGGGAAAAUACUCCCAAUUUACCAUCCCCGCUAGCGUUGAUGUUGGCGCACAGCUGAUUGCCAAUAUCGAUGACCCUGAAGCCGUCGAUGCCCAGUCGGUUUGUCCCGGGUACACGGCGUCGAACGUCAAGGAGUCGGCUCGUGGAUUAACUGCUACUCUCACCCUAGCUGGAAAGCCAUGCAAUGUCUACGGUACCGAUGUAGACUCGUUGGACUUGUCCAUCGAGUACCUCGCUAAUGACCGCCUCAACGUUCAAAUUGUCCCGACUUAUCUCGAUUCUUCGAACUAUUCUUGGUUCAUAUUGGAUGAGCAUGUCGUUCCCCGACCCACUUCCGAUCGUCAUGCUGCAAAGAAACAUAGCGAUCUAGAGAUCACUUGGUCGAACCAGCCCUCUUUCCACUUCAAGGUGACCCGCAAGGCUACCCGUGAUGCGAUCUUCGAUACGACUGGUUCAGUCUUGGUAUUUGAGAACCAGUUUGUUGAAUUCGUGACCUCCCUACCCAAGGAUUAUAACCUGUAUGGCAUUGGAGAGCAUAUUCAGCAGCUGCGCCUCUUGAACAAUCUCACUUUGACCCUCUAUGCGUCGGAUAUUGGUGACCCUAUUGAUGACAAUCUCUACGGCUCCCAGCCUUUCUAUCUGGACACCCGCUACUACGAGGUUAAUCAGGAGGGUCAUCACACCCUCGUUGCAAGUGACAAGGCCGAUCAGUCUAAAAACUAUGUUUCCUUCUCGCACGGCGUAUUCUCCAGAAACGCCCAUGGUCAGGAGGUUAUCAUGACCCCGGAGGGCCUGAAGUGGCGCACUCUGGGAGGUAGCAUUGAUCUCACCUUCUACUCGGGUCCUAGCCAAGCGGAUGUGACCAAGAACUACCAGCGGAGCACCAUUGGCUUGCCAGCACUGCAGCAGUACUUUACCUUUGGCUUCCACCAGUGCCGCUGGGGUUACAAUAAUUGGACUGAGCUAGAACAAGUUGUCGCCAACUUUGAGAAGUUUGAAAUCCCGCUCGAGACUAUCUGGAAUGAUAUUGAUUAUAUGCAUGGUUACCGCGACUUUGAUAAUGAUCAACAUCGUUUUCCCUACAGUGAGGGUGAGGAGUUCCUAGAUAAGCUGCACAGCAGUGGCCGUCACUAUGUUCCCAUCAUAGACGCGGCUAUCUACAUUCCAAACCCUGAGAACGCCUCUGAUGCCUAUGAUACCUAUACACGCGGACAUGAGGAUGACGUUUUCCUGAAGAAUCCUGAUGGAAGCGAGUACAUUGGCGCUGUCUGGCCCGGCUACACUGUCUUUCCUGACUGGCACAAUCCUAAGACCGGCGAUUUCUGGGCGAACGAAAUCGUUACGUGGCACAAGAAAGUAGCCAUUGAUGGUAUCUGGAUUGAUAUGAACGAGGUUUCUUCCUUCUGCGUCGGCAGCUGCGGAUCUAAAAAUCUUAGCAUGAACCCAGCCCACCCUCCGUUUGCCCUGCCUGGGGAGCCUGGUAACGUUAUAUAUGACUAUCCAGAAGGGUUUAAUAUCAGUAAUAAGACUGAGGCUGCGUCUGCGUCUGCGGCGUCUUCCAGCCAGGCGGCUGCUGCCGCAACCGGGGGCUCUGCCUCUUCGUCUACCUCGUAUCUGCGGACUACACCCACUGCGGGAGUACGCAACGUGAACUACCCACCAUACGUGAUCAACCAUGACCAGGGUGGCCACGACCUCAGCUCGCACGCCGUGUCCCCGAAUGCCACUCACUCCGAUGGUGUCCAAGAAUACGAUGUGCACAACCUGUUCGGUCACCAACUCCUCAACGCCACUUACCAUGGUCUGCUAAAGGUCGAUGAAAAGAAACGUCCUUUCAUCAUCGGCCGCUCAACAUUCGCAGGCUCCGGUAAAUGGGCUGGCCACUGGGGUGGUGACAACGCCUCUAGGUGGGCAUUCAUGUUCUUCUCCAUCCCCCAAGCCCUCUCAUUCUCCCUCUUCGGAAUCCCCAUGUUCGGCGUUGACACCUGCGGCUUCAACGGGAACACCGAUGAAGAACUCUGCAACCGUUGGAUGCAACUCUCAGCCUUCUUCCCCUUCUACCGCAAUCACAACACCCUCUCUGCGAUUCCCCAAGAGCCCUACGUCUGGGAAUCCGUCGCAGCCGCCACCAGAUCCGCCAUGAAGAUCCGCUACGCAAUCCUCCCCUACUUCUACACCCUCUUCCACGAAGCUCACACAACCGGCUCCACCGUCAUGCGCGCCCUGGCUUGGGAAUUCCCCACAGACCCCUCCCUCGCCGCAGUUGAUACCCAGUUCCUCCUCGGACCUUCUAUCAUGGUCGUACCCGUGCUCGCCCCCCAAGCCACCUCCGUCAAGGGCGUCUUCCCAGGCCUCAAGCAUGGCGAGGUAUGGUACGACUGGUACACCCAGACAGCUGUGGACGCAAAGCCCGGCGUCAACACCACCAUCCCUGCCCCGCUCGGUCAUAUCCCCGUUUUCGUGCGUGGAGGCAGUGUCUUGCCAAUGCAGGAGCCUGCUUUGACUACGAAGGAGGCACGUGGUACACCCUGGUCCUUACUUGUCGCGCUUGGUGGCAGUGGAGCUGCGUUGGGUCAGUUGCAUCUCGAUGAUGGAGAGAGCAAUGCUCCGGAUGAAACUCUUGAUGUUUCUUUCAGGGUCAAGGGUCCUAGCUUGAGCGCUAGGGCAAAGGGUGACUGGGAGGAGUCAAACCCUCUUGCUACUGUUACUGUUCUUGGUGUGUCCAAGGAGCCUGAUGCUGUGACGUUUAAUGAUAAACCUGUGCCAGCUUCUGGGGUGCAUUAUAAUGCCACUUCGCAUGUGCUGUCUGUUUGUGGUUUGCAGGAGUUGACUAAGGAGGGAGCUUUCAGUGAGAACUGGACUUUGAAGUGGUAG